CCGCCCGUCUGCCUCCUCGCCCCCGCGAGUCGAUACCGCGCGAGUAAAACGGAAGCCUCGCCGCCACGCGGACGAUAAACCCUAGCGCGAGCGAGCGAGCAAGCGAGCGGGCGCGGAGACAGUGACGCAGAGAGACCCCAGCGCCUCACGCAGCGCUGCCCGGCGGCAUGGAGAGCCUCGUCCUCGCCUCCUCCUGCUCCGCGUCCCCACGCCUCCCCGUCCUCUCCGCCUCCGCCGCGCGCCUCCGCGGGCUCCCCGGCGCCGCGCCGCCGCCGCCGGCGUCCUCCACCGGCGGCGCCGCGCGGAGAGCGGCGAGGAGGCCCAGGCUCCUCGUCGCCGUGGCGGCGGCGGCGGCUCCUCGCGGAUCCAGGAACGUUUUCGAGGGAUUGAGAGCAAAAGGCUUUGCAAGCGUGUCGUCUUCGACCGGCAAUGAGAAUGUGUCUACUGGAACCGGUACCCUGCCUCCCAUGCCCCCACCGUCAUCCUACAUUGGUUCGCCUGUGUUCUGGAUUGGAGUUGGCGUAGCAUUGUCUGUGGCAUUUACCACGGUGUCUUCCAUGGUAAAGAGAUAUGCCAUGCAACAAGCAUUUAAGUCGAUGAUGUCCCAGUCACCAUCAAACUCAUUUGGCUCCAACUCGUCUUUCCCAUUUGCCAUGCCGCCACAGGCAGCUCCCACUGCACCAAGCAGUUAUCCAUACUCACAACCAAAGAGAGAUACCUCCCCACAGGUUGCAACUGUUGAUGUCUUGGCUACUGAAGUUGAAGCCUCUGGAGCAUCAAAAGAGGCGGAUGUUGCUGAAACGCCGAAACCUUCGAAGAAAUUUGCAUUUGUUGAUGUUUCUCCUGAAGAGUUGCAGCAAAAGAACCUUCAAUCUUCACUUGAGACAGUAGAUGUAAAACGUGAUAGUACAGACAGUGAAAGUAAGGAGGAUACUGAGCAAAAAGUUCCCACAAAUGGAGCGGCUUUUAAGCCAAAUGAAGAUGCUGCACGUGGGCCAACUGAAUCUAGUAACUCAGGACCUAUGCUAUCCGUUGAGACAAUUGAGAAAAUGAUGGAAGAUCCUCAAGUGCAGAAGAUGGUGUAUCCCUACUUGCCCGAAGAGAUGAGGAACCCAGAUUCGUUCAAGUGGAUGCUGCAGAAUCCAAUGUACCGCCAACAACUACAAGAUAUGCUAAAUAACAUGGGGGGUCAAUCUCCUGAUCAAUGGGAUAACCGGAUGCUUGAUCACCUGAAGAACUUUGACCUUAGCAGUCCAGAAGUGCGGCAGCAGUUUGCGCAAGUUGGCAUGACUCCGGAGGAAGUAGUAUCGAAAAUAAUGGCAAACCCAGAAGUCGCUGUUGCAUUCCAAAAUCCAAAAAUUCAGACAGCCAUCAUGGACUGCUCGCAGAACCCUCUUAACAUUGUAAAAUACCAAAAUGACAAAGAGGUCAUGGAUGUUUUCAUGAAGAUAUCACAAAUCUUCCCUCAAAUUAACGGCUAGCGGAUGAAGCUUUGUCGUGGGAUUGCAGUUUUGAUUCGUACCGGCCCAACCAUCUCCUGCCCAAACUGCUGCGGUGGCAUAUCUGUGAAGAGAAAGGAACAUCUGUUCGGUGACGAUGCUCCAGAUAUACCUUCCCUGUGCCAAGCUUCUCGAGUUGCCUAUGUACAUCGUGUCCUUCAUCUAGCGCCUUUUGGUGUAGCUAUGAGCCUAUGACCCCCCCUACUUCAUAAAGUCAGGCUAGCCAACGUAGCAGGGUCAAAAAAUAUUUCUAUCCGCAUCGUUUCGUGCUCUGACGUUGCAUGGUUUGCCGUAGGAUGUGAAGGACGCAGGGACAGUUCGUAUCACCUCAAUUUUGGUACAUUGUUAUUGUUACGUGUAAAAUAUAUUGGAGACUAUGGCAAUGCAAGUGACUUAUCUUGACA